ACGGCAUCUUCAGAACAACACUUGGCUUUAAAUAUGGGAAAAAUCGGGGUCUUAAAUUUGUGCCUUUCUCUAUUUUUGCUUAACCUCCAAUCGUUGGCACGAGGAGACAGUCAUGUUGUUACAGAGUUCAAUGCAACCGAGGAUAGCAAACUAUAUCGUGGCCUCGUAUUGCAGAAUGACCUAGAAGUUGUGCUUAUUUCUGAUAGUAACAAACAUCACAAAGCUGCAGCUUCCCUAAUAGUUUCUGAUGGUUUCAUGGAAGAUCCUCCCCAACUUGAAGGUCUAUCACAUCUCCUCGAACAUCUGUUGAUUAUCCAGAGCGUAAAAUAUCCCGAGAUAAAUUCACUGUACAAAUUUAUCCUUGAGAACGAUGGCACAAUGCAGGCGACAACUUACUGUGACAGGGUGGAGUAUCACUUUAAUGUCACUGCAGCAAAACUGUUUCCAGCUCUGGACAUUUUUUCGCAACUCUUUAUCGCACCUUUAUUCACGGAAAGUGGGAUCGAAAAAGAAGUCCGUGUGGUGAAUAUUGAAGCACAACAUUACUCAGAAGCCAAUUCCUUUGAUCGGUUAAAAAUUAGCAAAAUACUCUAUGCCGAUGGUCAUCCCGUGACAAGAUUUUCGGGAGGUGUGCGAACACACGUGUCAAUAAAGUUUAAGAAAUGUUUGUAUGUGCAGAAUUUCAUGAGAUUGAUAUUUACAGGAAUUUUAUUUUCUUGCAUUUCAGGAGACUUGACAACUUUAUGGACGAAUCCAAAACUGCAUGGGAUCAAUUUAACGUCCGAAUUGAAGAAUCAUUUUAAAACGUAUUAUUCCGCAAACCUGAUGAAAUUGGUUGUCUCGGGAAGUCAAGAUUUGGACAUUUUACAAAACAAGGUUGCAGAAAUGUUUGGCCAAAUAGCUAACCAUAACGUGACACGUCCGUCAUAUCCAGAUCCAAUUAAACCCGAAAAUGGUUCCAUUUAUAAGGCUGAAAUCCUACCAAAUUUUUUACGGAAGGUUGAGGACGACAUGUUGCUAAUGGAUUUCAGUUUUUAUACCGACGACUACAUAAAUGUUUCUUUGCUGGUGAGAUUUAUGAAAUAUUUAAGUGAUAAUACUUGA